AUCACACUUGGGAUACUGAAAGCACAAACUUUCUCCCAAGCUAAUUUUUCCAGGGUAAGAGUUUGGGGAUUGUUUUAUUCACUUGUGCCACUCCAACACUAGAACAACGAUGGCAGAAGAGCAAUCUGGACUCGAGGAGAGGAUAAUAAUAAAAGACCAGCACACAAAGGAAAUCGACCUGGUGAACCGAGAUCCAAAGCACAUUAAUGAAGACGUUGUGAAGGUGGAUUUUGAAGAUGUGAUAGCUGAGCCAGUAGGGACAUACAGCUUUGAUGGAGUCUGGAAAACCAGCUACACCACCUUCACCGUCAGCAAGUACUGGUGCUACCGACUACUUUCUGCCAUCUUGGGAAUUCCUCUCGCAGUCAUCUGGGGCUUCCUCUUUGCAUUAAUCUCCUUCUGUCACAUCUGGGCGGUGGUGCCAUGCAUCAAAAGUUAUGUGAUAGAAAUCCAGUGCAUCAGCAGGAUUUACUCCCUCUGCAUCCACACCUUCUGUGACCCAUUGUUUGAGGCUCUAGCGAAGAUCUGUGGUGGCAUAAAAGUUGCUCUCCGCAAGGAAGUCUAGAUCAUUUGUUUGAGAAAAGGAACAGAAACAAUCAUUACUCAACAACUCAACACAUUGCUAAUUUUCCAAAGAUUGCACCAUAUUCUGCUCUCAGUUACACUGGGAUCAAGAUGGAGUAGCUCCUGUGGGUUGCAUUUGUAAUGCAGUUACUCCAAGUUCACGCUAGUGUGAAUGAGAACAGGAUUUCCUCUGAAAUGAUGUCUUGGACCAGAACCUUUGAUUAUUAUAUGCAUUUAUUCAGUGAAAAAGAAUGGUGUGAGGUUGUUCAAAGUAUAUGUGGGUACGAUGCAAAAAAAUGUCUGCUUAAUUGUCUUCUAGAUCAAGUGUAAAACUAGGAAACACCCCUGGGUUAUAUUUAUCAUUAAUGCAAGCAGCGGCUGUUGUAGAAGCUUUCUGUACUACUUGACAAUAUGCAGCAAAUAUGUACAGAUUGAAGAACAAACUUUGCUUCCAUGUAUGUUUCUGUCUAAACAAAGCUUUUAAAUCUGGAUUAGCGGUUCAUUUUUAAAUGCUUAGCAAGGCUUUUGGGUGUGCAGUUGAAGUCUAUGUUAUUUGAGGGUUGCAAGCGCUAUCAUCUGAUGACUGCAAAUCUAAUAUCAAACUACCUGACAGUGCAUACAAAAAAGGCAGCUAAGUAUCCAUUCAUUAAUGUGUGUGGCCAACAUUCAGCUGGAAGCACAAAAAAUGUAAGCACUUGCCCCCCCAACCCAAACUGCACCCAGAAAGGUGGUCCAGGUCUUCCUACUGUCUGAAGUUUUACCUUAGACAGUGCCAGUGAAGAGUAACUUCACUUAAAAAAUGACAAACUUGGCUUAAAUAUAUAGCUUUGGCUUAUGUAUCAUAGAGAAUACUGCUUGUUGGCUCUUGUGACAAACUGGGAAAUUCUUUAUGCAUCAUAAAUGUAUGUAUCUUAGAUAAUUAAUCCAGUCACCUUCUGUGUAUGUUCUAUAUGGCUGCAGCUUUCCUAUAUCAAGGGGUGAGACUUAGCUCAAAUUCCUGGGAUAGGAUGCCACUGAGCUCAGUGGGAUCGCAGCAAGACCAGACCUUGCUGCAUUCGCCCUCAUUCUCCUUUCAUUCCGGUUUUUUCCCACCCCACCCCACAACAAGACACUCUAUCCUCUUCAGGGCAGUAAGCCCUGAUUUUCACCUGUGUGAAAGGAGAAUGAGAUCCAGUACUGUUACAUCUUUCCAGGCAGGCUCAUGAAAAUUAAAGCUAGAGAUUAAAAAAAAAUAAUCUAUGAACUCAAAUGCAGAAGUGUUUCGUGCUCUGUGCAUGCAAGUAAUUUGUUCAGCCAUUUUUUUUAAAGAAGCAAGCUAUUAGGUACCAUCUACACCCUCAAAAUAAUUAUUCCGUGUCUUAAAUGUUUAAUUCCAUCAGCAUUUGGCAAAGCGUUUAAGCACAUGCUUAAAAUUAAGAAUUUGAAUGGAUAAAAAAAGACCAGAGGCUCAAGGCAGGGCUUAAGCAGAUUGAGGUUCCCAAAUCCAAAAGCAGUUCAUCACCCAGCUCUGAUUAAAUUGACUU